CAUUGUGCUCCACAGGAGGGUUUUUUUGCUGACAGAGUCCAGUAGGGAUUAAAACUGGGGCGGCCCAGGGCCCCCACCCCUGGCUCUUUGUUGGCCCCCUGGUCCCUGUUGUGUUUUUUCCACUGCGUGGGUCGGUAUGUUUAGGGGGAGAUAAAAGGCUACAUGAUUUCAGUAGAGAGAAAGAGAAGUGGACGAGUUCAGCUGCAGGUUUGUGGAGUCCUGGCCACGAGGGCCUGGAGCCACUCGGACUCACACAAGGGACGACAGAGAGCAAGUCAUGUCUUUAAAUUACAUCAAGAACUUCUACGAAGGAUGUCUCAGGCCUCCUACUGUCAUCGGCCAGUUCCACACGCUGUUCUUCGGCUCGGUUCGGAUGUUCUUCCUGGGUGUUCUUGGCUUCGCGGUCUACGGGAAUGAAGCUCUGCACUUCAGCUGCGACCCGGAUCGACGAGAGCUCAACCUGUUCUGCUACAACCAGUUCAGACCCAUAACACCUCAGGUCUUCUGGGCCCUACAGCUGGUAACUGUCCUGGUUCCUGGAGCUUGGUUUCACCUGUACGCCGCCUGUAAGAAUAUAGAGCAAGAGGAAAUUCUUGACCGGCCCGUCUACACCGUCUUCUACAUCAUCUCCGUUCUGCUCCGCAUCAUUCUUGAAAUCAUCGCCUUCUGGCUACAAAGCCACCUCUUUGGUUUCCAGGUUCACCCGGUGUACGUCUGUGAUGCCAGCUCCUUGGAGAAGGCCUUCAAUGUGACGAAGUGCAUGGUACCUGAACACUUUGAAAAAACCAUCUUCCUCAGUGCCAUGUACACUUUCACUGUGAUCACCAUUCUUCUCUGCAUUGCUGAGAUAUUUGAAAUACUCUGCCGGAGACUUGGCUAUCUCAGCAAUCAAUGACAGAAAGGUUCAUGCAGAAACACAAUGAGUGAAAAUAUCUGUCAUAUUUUCAAACUGUUCAUGUUGGGCUCAUUGUCAUUGGGACUUUCAUGAAGCAGAAAGUCGGUGCUAGAGUCAGACUUCACCUGUGGUACGUCAGUAAGCAGCACCAAGAAAUUUGGGAAGGUGCAGUCAUGUCAGGGCUGGCCAGAACCAGCGGUUCUUUUGGUGUUGGCUGCCCUUACGUAUUGAAUGACCAUCCAUUGGUGUAUUUCAGAAGACGGUUCUGUACUGGCUUGGUCGAAAAGUGUUGAAUGAUUGGACUGGAUGGCCAGAAAGUGUCAGCUUCUCAAAGCUGAUAAGAUCCCAGGCAUUUCUUUUGAUUAGUGGAGAAGGAAAACUCAUUUUGACCCAAUCUUGAAGAUUUUUAUAAACUGAAGGUUCACUGAGAUAUGAACAUUUCUUGGAGAUGAACCUCAGAUCUAAUAUUAUACAGAACAAACAUUUGUUUGUUCUGUAUAAUACACAUUAUAUGAUACCCUGAUUUUUGAGCAACCUAAAAUCAGGUUUGCUCUUGAACUCAGAUGACUGAUUUCCAGUUACUGUUUGAUCAAACUGAAACAAAAGGUUGAUGGUCCUGAAAGAAGCCAAAAGUCUCCCACCAAUCCUGUGCAGAAGAAAGGCCAACAGAUUGAAUUAAUCUCCAUUAAAAUCAAAGGCUGGAUGUCAAAAUGUCUUGACCUCAUCAUUAAAAGAGAUGCAAGCUCAGUGUAACUUUAGUAAAAUGAAGUAAGAAAAAGAAGCAAUAGAAAAUUUGGUUAUGAUCAUUGAGAAUAUUUUUCAGUGAGCACAAUUACAUGCUGCCCACCCGGUACAAUAAUCAGUUUUUAAUCAUUUUUAAUGGAUGUGAACAAAAUUGGAUGGAAAUUUUGACACAUAUAAAGUUGGUUCUGCAAUGAUAAUCCUCAGAGUUUGUUUGCAGCAGCUGCCCUUCAGCUUUGUUCAUGUCUGGUUUUUUACUCCUUAACCACUGAAUUUAGCAUAAUGUCCUCUACAUCCAUACCCAUUUAGUUAAUUUAAGCUACUUCAUGCAUUUUCCUUUUAAAGUCAGUGUCUGUCCUUGGAAAAAUAAUUUAAUCUUCUCUUCUGUCCUGUUUUAUUCUUUUUUACUCAGACAUCCAUCCAACUUUUGUUAUGAAGUUUUUAGCAAUCUGUUUAUCAUCUCAGGUACAGGAUUGUAUAACAAGACAAAAGUGGAUCACACCAUCUUUUCAGAACCUUUAAAACCUUGUAUUUCGCACUCCGACAGAUUUCCAGAACUUAUUAGUUAUAUUUCUAUCCCUCUAAAUUUCACCAAUGGUUUUGUUCCUGCAACUAGAGAAGCAUCAGUCCUUCAGAGCACCUAAUGCCUGCUGGCUGUUCCAGAAGUCUGUAGAGUAAAAUAAUCACUGUACAGUUCAUCUUCCGGGCUUCAGUCAUGACCCAGGCUGCAUGCUACCACUAUUUGAUUUUACACCCCUAAGCAUUUAUAUAUCCAUUGCAUACUUUCAAGUCUGAUUUUUUAUAAGGUUAACUGAUAGUAGCUAGUCCAGAUUAGCAUGCUAACUGUGGGUGGUUGCUAGCAUGCUAACCAGCAACAGUUGCAGCAGAUUUAAAAGUGUAAAAAUCAGGGGAUGUUUUCUCAUAUGGCACAAGUUAAAGGUUUAGACACAGCUGCAUGUGAUUGUGUGUAUCACGUUUCCACUACAGCAUGUUCUCUGCUUUAAUAUCUAUUCAUACUCUAGUUUGUACUCAUUUUGUAUUGCUAAGUGUAAAGAAACGGUAAAUGCUUUCUACUUCUGUUUCCCACAUCUGUCUUUGUACUGACAUAAUUUCACCCCAAACAUGUUUUCAGUCACUUAGCUACAGUAAGGUACACUUCAUAUUAAAACUGUUUGUUUGACUGAUAUUGCAUAUUAUCUGUAAUUGUCAUAUUUGU